CUUUAUUCUACCCUUUCUUCCCGCAGUCUCUAAACCAUAAUCGUCGAAAUGAAGUUCGCCAUUGUCUUCGCUGCUGUCUUCGGCACUGCCAUGUCUGCUGCUACUGGCCUUGUCAACCGUGAGGUCGACGCCGCAAUGUCCUGCUAUUGGGACGGCACUGCCCCUUUCUGUGCUGGUGGCUGCCCCGACGGCUACCAUGAGGUCGAGCGCAACGACCAUGGCGAUGGUGCCAAGUGCUGGACCGGCUACAAGGUCAAGUGCUGCAACUAAAGCUAGAUUUAACGGGCGAAGCCGACGGAGGCCUCCGGUAUUUUUCGACCAGGACUUGCGGCAAGGUUCCUAUCAUCUUAGAACGCUCAGCAAGCUUCCUCUCUUUCCUUAACCGCCUGUAUUAGGACUUUCAUAGUAGUCGCUCAGUUAGUUGUCAAUAUACGUAGUAGGGGCCUCGUCUAGUAUCUAAAGUAUAGCUGAAAGAGUUGUUUGAGAAAGUUAUUCUGACCUACG